UGAUCUCGAUUACUGCGAUAUUGAGGUUUAAAGUGCGUCCUCUGCUCAAAGAAAACUCCGCCGCAUAUCAAAUCACGCGCUUCGUAAACCUACAGCCAAUCACCAUAGAGUAGCGCAGGGAUGACGUUAUUUUGUAACGCCAAAACCCGGAAAUGAGUUCGCAUUUCAGCGCUUCCGGUUCCAUCCCAAAAGUUAAUGGGAUUUUGGUUAAAAGCCUGAAAUAAGGUCUGUGGUGAACACAAGCUCAAAAUAUGUUCACGUUUUAUUCUACGACAUAAAAUACGCCAGUAAUACCCUACUCGUUUUUUUUUAAAUUAUUUUUUAAAGCUUUUACAUGUAUUGAAAAAGGUGGUUGCUAACUGUCAUGUAAUGAGGGUUUAGGAUUCAAGUGCAGAUAAGAGCUUUAUUGAAGAGAGCGUAGGUCAAAAACGAGCAAAGCAAGACUAAACAAGAACCAAACAACGAGGUCGAGAACGGGACCAAAACUAUGAGACGUGAAACCAUGAACAAAUGCUCGGUACACGGAGAACUCACGCAGUACUUCGCGUCAAACAAAGAGGACACGAGGGUUUUAAAUGACAAACGUAAUUAAGGGUGAACACAAAAUAGCUGAGACUAAUGAUGACAAAGGAACAACCAAUGACAAUACAGGGGCGGAGACAGGACAGAAAUCAUAACAAAUGCACGUGUAGAAAGUAAACAAAGUCCGUGUCACUAAAAGAGCGCGCUGCGAGCUCCAGCGCUUGCGCGAGGGGAAAUCGUGACACUAACAUGUUGCUAAACGGGACUACGGACGUUUUCAGGGACAUUAAACGUCAUCACGACGAACAGGAAAAAACGUUGCAGAUAAACUGGUUCAGGUCUGCUGUGCACAAUUCCCCCCCCAAAAAAACACGGAUGAAGAUUCAUCCACAGAGGAAAUCCGUAUUCUGGAAAAGGUUUUAAAUCAAGUUUGGAGAAGUUGUUGGAAGCUCGGUGAUGGUGACGGUGAAGUCGAGCGACCGUGGUGUAGUUCGUUUAUAGCGUACAGUUAACUGUUUAUUUCUGGAGAUUGUAUUUAGGCUUCAAACUUCAUAAACGUUGUGUUCAUUUGUGAAAAUGAUCUUGAUGGACAAAACGUGUUAGUGUGUUAAACUUUUGUUGAUCACAGAUUAUUUUUUGCAAUAAUCCAAAAGUCUAUGUGAAAAUCCUAUUGGGUUUUUGUGUGCGAUGAUAACGUCCGGGUUCCGGUACAAAAUGACGUCAUCCCUGCGUCAGCGCUCUAUUGGGUGAUUUGUAAACACUCCUCCUGUAAACGCUGUUAUUGCCCUUUCUGUAUACACCUUGAUUGUUUUCAUUUAGUUGCAUAUUGUUAUAUUUGAUGCAUAUUUUCAUUUAGUUGAUGGCAUUUUUAUUUUUACUUAUCCUGUAUUUUGGGUACAAUUUUAUUUAUGUUUUGCUUCUACGAGAUGAUGCGCUUUAAGGACCAGUCUAAUUUGAAGCAAAGAUUUGUACAUUAUCAGGAAUGUAGCACGACAUGGAGGUGAAAGCAGCGGUCUCUUGAUUUAAAUGUGAAAGUGCAAUAAAAAUACGUCGUCCCUAAAAUCAAUCAAUAAUCGCGAUCUCAGUAUUGAUCAAAAUAAUCGUGGUGAUCAUUUUGGCCGUAAUCAUGCAGCCCUUGGUCAAGUGUUCUAAUGCAAUGGGAAAGCACCAUUUCAUGUUACUCCUUUAACAUUCUGUGACCCAUGCAAGGCAUUAGCCUUACCUGUUUAUUUUUCAUGAGUUAAUCUUAAAAUGUCCCUUAUGUGGUUAUAAAUUCCAAGUUUUGAUAUUAGGAGCAUAUUUAAUAAUUGACCCUUUUCCAAGAUUCUGCAUCAUUUUAACGUAACUGGAGUAAUGUGUUCGAGGAUGGGUUGGGAUCCGAGGAAAGCUGGGCCACCAGUUGAUCAUCAUGAGUUUUCCUUGGGUAUGAUGCUAUAAGCUAGCCAUAACUGGGUUUGUUGUGCUCGACUGUAAACACCCAUGCCAAUCAGAGACCCUGUGUGCUCUGGUACAGGUUUUUUUUCUUUAAAGGGGUCAUGACAUUUUUAUUUUAUCUUCCUUGAGUUGUAAUUAUAAUAUUAGAAAAGUUUUUUGGGUUUUUUUUUUUUUUUGCACAAAAGACAUACAAAAUUUAUGACCACCUUCCACCCUGUCUCUGACCCUCUGGCUGAAACGAUCGUUUUUUUUGUACCCUUUACUGUUAAGUCUUCAGUGUAACCACCCACGGCUAAGAUUGGCUAACAUCUUUGCCCGUUAAUUAAUUAUCAACGCCCCCUGCCAUAAGACGUGUGGAACUGUUUUCAAUAUUUGCAACUAAUGGCUCUUGGUGUAACGCUACGUUCACACAUACGGCGAUUUUAUCGCUGCAAGUUGCCAGUCGCUGUACUAUGAAGUCGCCAGAAUGCGUUCCUGCUACAUGGGUGGCACGACUAGCAGCCAUUGCGGCCGUCUAUAUGCGGUGAAAGUGCAAGCGACAGUUAGCUUAGUUUAGCGCCUUAUAAGCAUAAAUAAUCCGGUGUAGCUCCUAUCUCUGUAAGUGAGAGUCACCAUCAGGGUGUCCUUCUCAUUCCUCGAGAAGUGCUGUGAUCUGUUUGAUGGGGACUGUAAAGGAUUUGCCCGUAUGAACUCACAAAUCCCGCUACAUCCAAACGAGCCAUUUUUAGAGCUUGGUUAAAUAAAUGCUCUUUUUGAAUAGGAUCUAUUAAUCUAUGAAACUUAAAGGAUGUUUUAAUGGCCUCUUAUAUGUCAAAAGAUAAAGGACAGUUUGAUUUCUCAUGUCAUGACGCCUUUAAGGAUGUCUUCAUCAUUCCGGCAAUCCUUACAGUACAUGCUGUUGAAAAGCGUCAAUGGGUGGAGCAUGAAGCUGCUCCACCCAUUGUUUUGCAGAUUGAUGAAGAAAAAUUCAAUACAUUUACUACAGAGUAAGCUUUUAAUUGAACAAAAUACUUUCUUACUGCACUUGAUGUGAAAGUUUGCAGAGCAGUCAGGAAGAAUCAAGACUAACGUUGAUCUGCUGACUCAGAGCUUCUCAGAAUCUAUAAAGUGCAGUGAGGGUGCUGGUUUAAACCAGAUUAGCUGCGUUUCUGGAGCUACUUCUGGCUAGAAAAGAGAGACAACUGAUUAUAAACAGCACUUUUGAUCUGGCAUUUGAAGAAAAUAUUCAGUGCUAUUAAAUAUAGGCCACAACGUCAUUUCUAAUGCUUGCUGAUUGAUUCUGAUUUAAAAAAAAAAAAAAAAGCUUGACAUUAUAAAACCAAAUUUAGCCUAAUCUUGUAUGAAACGUUUUAAAUAAAGUUUAUAAUGCAGAAAAAAAUAAAGAAAUCUUAAAAAUGAUUAUUUUAGAAAUCCUGAUAAAAAUGUGAGUAAACAGAAAUUAAUUAAAGAGAAUUUGCAAACUAGCGUGAAACAGUCCAGAUUAUGUGAAGGCGAUUGAGGUCAUUCAGUGGUAAAGUUCUCCAGACAUGGAUUGGUGGUCUUCAGAUAUGCUAAAAUAUGAAUAUACGUACAUGUUUAAAUAACAACCGGGAGGUCUCAGAUGCUGUGAGCAAGGCUUGGAAUUGUAUUAGUCUGUGAGAUUUAGAGAAGUGAUUAAUAACAUCUACAAUGGUGGUAAUAACCCAGAGGGAUCGGGUUGGCUAGCAGUCUAGUUGGCUAGUCUGAAACUGAGAGAAUUUUGAUAUCAACAUUUGUUGUUUGAUUUGUUUUCCCUCUGUACUUAAUUACUUUCUCAAUAAUAGUUUUUUUUUGCUAAUUUUUGACCAAAAAAAAAGUUUGCUACUGAGGUAUGGCCAUCAAGGUAUAAGUCUACACGAUGAAAUUCUCAUAGCAUUGGGGGAACAUAAGAUUGAUGUCCUAAUGGCUGCUCCAAAACAUAAAUCUUGAAGGACAAUCUGUCUGGAAUGGGAACUUGGGAAGAGAAAAGGGCCAGUGUUUAUCAAAGCACAAGACAUUUAGCACUAUUCAAGGUUCUCAUGAUCUGUUUACACCAGUGGGUGUUUAGCCACCUCUAGCUAAUGACCCCAUUCUUCUAGCGUGAUUUUGACCUCCAUUAACAACGAAUUCGACAAACCAUGAAUCCUAGAACUGUGAAGCAACACUGCACAGCACUACUUUUUUUUUUUUUUUUUUUUUUUUUGUAUUUGCUGUGCUGAAAUGAAUGCUCUGAUGAGACCACACCAAAAAAGGGUGUGCUGCCCUUCGAUGGACUGGCGUGACAUCCAGGGUGUGUUCCAAUCUCAUGUCCAUGGGAUAGGCUCCAGAUCCACCAUGACCCUGACCUGGAUAGUGUCCAUUGAUGAAUGAUCUAAUAAAUUACAUAUUUCGUUUCACUUUGAUUCAAUAUUUGUUUCAUAAUCACAUGGCAACAGUGAACAAAUUAAAUGUUUAAUCGCUGUGAACGUUUAGCACACAUUAUUACUAAACCCACAAGAAGUGUUUUAUUACAACAGGCUGUGGGAAAGGAUAUGGGUGUAUCUACACUGCUGAUGGCAUCCCACCAUCAUUGAUGCUUGUUGUUCAUCUGACCCCUACUUAGCCUCUUGCUCCAAGGCAGCUGUUUAGACACGAAUCUCUCCGAAGCAUCAGACAGGAUACAUCUGGUUCUGAGUGCUUCUGGCUAUAUAGCGAGUUAAAGUUGAAGUUUUAAUUCGUAUUUUGUUUGAGUGGUGUUUGCAUGCAGCUGUGAUCUACUCUGCCCAAACCCAUAUCUAUUCUGCUGCUAGAGAGUUUGCUAGGAAAGUGUCCAAAUGCCUGAGGGCUUGUACCAGUGAAUACCAUAAGAUGGUGUACAUGCAAAGAAUGUAAAGGCUUCUAAGCCUAUGGGUACUUGAGGCAGGAAAUUUGGCAGUUGCUUGGCAUCUGGGUUUGACUCUUGUUCCAUCCUGGUAAGGCAACGUUACACUCUCUGCCAGCAAUCUUAGGGUUAGGCUAUAUUUUUUUUUAAAUAACAUUUGUUCAAUUAUGUUUCACUUAAAGUUAAGAAAUCGUCUUAAAGACCACAACAAGUAGAGACAUCUUUCUCAUUUUGAAUCAAGGAUUCAUCUUUGUAGCCUAGUGUUUUUUUCUUUUGUAAUAACUCCAAAUACUCUCAUAAUUUGCCAUUCCUGCAGGAUCACAUGUCUCCCAAGGAGUUGGCAAAAGUCAGCUAUUUUGUCAGUCCUUCUCACGUCACAACACCUUCCCUCCCUCUACACACACAUCCGUCCACAAGAUUACCGUGUCUUGCCUUUUUCACAUCACAAGACGUUGAUCUGGGCAAUGCCACUGCUGAACAAACCAAAUGCUUAUCAGUAGUGGGCUGGGUUUGGGUCUUUCUGAAGAGAUUGUGAACAAAAGAUAGGCGUCUCUUUGACUAAGGGCUGGACUGUUGUGAAGGUUUUAACUGGCUGAGGUUUUGUCCUGAGUACUACUGUUAGAAAGAAUCUUGAGUGGCAUAGAGAUCACUUGGCCUUUGGGGAAUAGCUGCCACAGAAGAGCUGUAGAAGCAGUGUAAGAGAGAAGCCAGAUAUUCAGUGAAUUUCAGAAGAAUAGAAGAAUGAAAAUAAACCCAGUGCUGUUUCUUCGUGAUAUUGAGGCUGCUUGAGCAAAUUCUUCUUUUUGAGUGUUUGUACAUUUUUUUUCUAUGCACAAGUAUAGCUGGAGUCAGAUAUUCUGAGGUAAAAAUGUUUCAGAACAAGGACUGCAUUUGAAGAGAAUCUUAAGCUUUAUAUAGUUUCAUUUUCAGCGUUUUAAACAACUAGAUAUAAUGGGGUUGAAUGCCAUCGUUCUUUUGUUUAUUAUAACUGAAGCAAUGCUGCGGAUUACACUGUUUAUUGAUUGUUUAUUGAAUGCGCCAGGGCAGCAUGGUUCUGUCAAACCUAUCGGGUGACAGUAACAACAGGACCUUGGAGUGGGAGUGUCCUUGUUAAAUAAAUAAAUAAAUAAAUAAAUAAAUACCCCACCCCUUGGUCUGGAAUGUCUUAGGGGCAGGAAACACUGGGCGGAGACGAACUUCUUAUAGUUCCCUCCCUAUUCUAAAUGAAACCACACUAUGGAAUGCAUGUGCUCUCUCUCUUCCUCUUUCUCAGUCACGUCUGACCACACACAUUCGCACACCCUUAUUUUUUCAACACGCACACAAGUUGAUCAAGUCUUCUCCCCUUUCUGUUUUUCGUAAGUGCCUUGGCCAAUAUGGACUGUCAAAGAUUACUGGGGGAAAGUUAAAAGCCACAGAAUUACUUAACAACACCUGGGAGAGUAUAUCAUGCUCCCAACGUAGGGGUUAUUUCUGACAGUGCUUUGGAGUUUAAACCUGAGAGAGAGUUCAUGAACUGUGGGGGAGAAAAAAAGGUGAAACUUUGGGCUCAGAGGAAGAGAUAUCAGGAGGUGGGGGAGGUGGAGGAAACAACCCCACACACUCUCACGUGCCGAAGACGGAGUUUGCUGGAGUUUGUUGCAGGAAUCCUUAUCUGGACUCCUCCUCAUGGAUCGUAGGAGAACCUCUAUCCCAAGGAAUCUCACAGAGUACAGCGGCUUAAAACAGACACAAACGCACACAGUGAACAGUUAGGACCUGAUUUUAGUAUGGAGGCACUGAGGGAAUCUUUUCUCCAUUUAACCUUCCAGAUGUCAUCCUACAAGCGAGCUACCUCAGACGAAGAGGAGCUGAUAGACACCACCCCUGAUGGAGUGUAUCAGUCUCCAACCGUGCAGGUGCUGGGGCAUGGACUGGAGACCAGGUGUUGGACUGAGCGAAGCCAUGUGGAGAAGAAGCUCCUUGUUGUGGUGUGUGGGCUCACGCUGGCAUUAUUCAUCUGCAUCCUGACACUGGGUCUGCAUUAUAAUGAGACACACCCAGGGCUGUGUCUGACUCAACCGUGUGUGAGUGUAGCGGCGGCUGUAAUGGGAGCUCUGGACCGCUCAGUGGACCCAUGUAAUGACUUUUACAGCUAUGCGUGUGGGGGCUGGAUGAAGAAAAAUCCACUACCAGAAGGCAAAUCACGAUGGGAUACCUUCAGCAAUCUCUGGGAGCACAACAUGGCGGUCAUGAAGAAUUUACUAGAGACCAAAGGUCAGCAGGGCCUGAGUAAAGCUCAACAGAAGGCCCUGAAAUACUACAAAGCCUGCAUGAAUGAAAUCAAGAUUGAGGAGCUGGGAGCCCGCCCCUUACAGGAGCUCAUCAACCAGACAGGAGGCUGGGCCUUGACUGGCCCCUGGGACAAAAACAACUUCCAGGAGGUUUUGCGCACCGUGUCCGCCAUCUACCGCACCUCCCCUUUCUUCACUGUGUUUGUCAGCACAGACUCCAAGAACUCCAGCAGCAACAUCAUCCAGGUUGAUCAGUCUGGACUGGGCUUGCCAUCUCGGGAGUACUAUCUAAACAAAACUGCCAAUGUCAAGUAUCUCCACGCAUAUCUGAACUUCCUAGUAGAGCUGGGCGUCCUGUUGGGUGGCUCAGAGGAGACAUCUCGCACUCUGAUGCAGGAGAUUGUACAGUUUGAAACCGCUCUGGCCAACAUUACGGUUCCUCAGGAGGAGAGAAGGGAUGAGGAGCACAUCUACCAUAGGAUUCAGGCUAAAGAUUUGGCAAGACUGGCUCCUGCGGUUGACUGGAUGCCUUUUCUCAAAGCGGUGUUUGCUCCAGUCGCUCUUAAUGACUCUGAGCCUGUGGUGCUCUAUGCAACGGAGUACCUCCAGAAAGUUUCACAGCUCAUUAGCAACACCGAUAAGAGCACACUGAAUAACUACAUGAUCAUGAAAGUGGUGAGGAAGAUGGUCUCCAUACUGGACCAGAAGUUCCAGGAUGCUGAGCAGCGUUUUCUUGAAGUCAUGUAUGGUGUCAAGAAGAGCUGCACUCCUCGCUGGAAACUGUGCGUCAGUGACACAGAUAGCGCGCUAGGCUUCGCCCUGGGGGCUCUAUUUGUCAAAGCCACCUUCGCUGAAGACAGCAAGGCCUUUGUGAGUAUACCCUAUUGUGCAUUCUCUAAUACAGCAGUGAGGCUGAACACACUAACCUCUCCCUUGUGUGUAUAUCAGGCUGAAAAUAUGGUCUCAGAAAUCAAAUGGGCCUUUGAGGACAGCUUGAAACACGUGAGCUGGAUGGAUGGCGAAACCAAAAAGGCAGCCAAAGAGAAGGCGGAUGCGAUAUACAAUAUGAUAGGCUACCCAAAGUUCAUCAUGGAUCCCAAGGAGCUAGACAAAGUGUUCAAUGAAUUUGAAGUCGUUCCAGACUUAUACUUCCAGAAUGUCAUGCAGUACUACAACUUCUCUGGCCGGGUCACAGCUGACCAGCUGAGGAAAGCCCCGAACAAAGAUCAAUGGAGUAUGACCCCACCUACAGUCAAUGCCUAUUACAACCCCACCAAGAAUGAGAUGGUACUUCCUGCUGGUAUCCUUCAAGCCCCCUUCUACAGUCAUGCCUGGCCAAAAGCCCUGAAUUUCGGUGGCAUUGGCGUCGUUAUGGGUCAUGAGCUGACUCAUGCAUUUGAUGAUCAGGGAAGAGAAUAUGAUAAGGAUGGUAACUUGCGCUCCUGGUGGAAGGACACAUCAGUGAAGACAUUUAAGCAGCAAACCCAGUGUUUGGUUGAGCAGUACAGCAACUACAGCAUCAACAACGAACCGCUCAAUGGCGCGAACACUCUUGGCGAGAACAUCGCUGAUAACGGCGGCCUCAAUGCAGCUUACAAGGCGUAUGUGAACUGGAUACAGAAGAAUGGGGAGGAGGCUACGCUGCCCGCUCUGGGAAUGACUAAUCAUCAGCUGUUCUUUGUUAGUUUUGCCCAGGUGUGGUGCUCAGUGCGGACCCCUGAAAGCUCUCACGAGGGUGUAAUCACCGACCCCCACAGCCCCUCACGCUUCAGAGUCAUUGGCACCAUCUCCAACUCCCAUGAGUUCUCCAAACACUUCGGCUGUAAGGAGGAUUCGCCAAUGAACCCUAAGCGCAAGUGUGAACUCUGGUGAUCCCAUUACCACAGUUUGAUGCAUCCCAGGAACCUGUGCUUUGCUCUCUCGCAAAGCCCAGAGGACUUGUAUUUAAAUGUGUUUUAAAAUAGGGCUCUAUUGUAUUCUCAUUGGGACUCAAGAAAAUCUCUUACACUGGAAAGACUACUGUAUGUUUAACAUGGGAGAAAGAACUGGGGUUGUAAAUAUAUGCGCCUUUAUUUUUUUAUAUGCUAUUAUAUUUUAAGAGGAGAUUAUUUCUGUUCUUCUUGUGUUACAAUGUUGUAUAUUUCACAGUUUGGUCACUGAAUCAUGCCAUGUGUCAUACAAUGUUAUUGAAUGUAGUUUAUUACCAUGAACAGGAGUGGGUUCAGUUUGCAUUUCAUUACCAAGAAAGCAAAUUCUAAUUAUUCCCAAUUUUUUUUUUUAGAACCAUAGUGUAUUGCAUAAGUAUUCACCCCCCCACCCCUACCAUCACCACCACCAAAAUCUGUUCCACAAUUUGUAAUGCUACAACAUGCAAAUGAAAAGGACCUAAUUGGGAUUAUAUGUCAAGUUUUUAGCUUGCUUUAAAUAAAUAAUUAAAAAAAUUAAAAAGGCAUAUUAUUAGCACAUUUUGUCAGUAGAUUCGUUUAUUGUUCUAUUUUGCCCCCUAGUGGAAAAACGGCAAUUAGCUUUUUCAAAAGUUUCAGUUUAAUUAUGGUCCACAGGACCAUUUAGAUUUAAAACGGGUAUUCUAAAUUAAUUUGUUGGGCCAGAUUAGAACCUUUUAUUGGGAUUAACCUAGCUCACUGGCCAUAUGUUUGACACCCCUGGGUUAGCAUUUUCCCUGAUCAAACUUGAUAACACACACUUGAUAAUUCCCUGACUCUAGUUUUGAAAAUAUGCAAUGUCAUUUAUAUAUAUAUAUAUAUAUAUAUAUAUAUAUAUAUAUAUAUAUAUAUAUAUAUGACAUUUGAGGGAAACAACACAAACUGUAUUGAAUUGAUAUGAAUGAACAACAAUAAUAACAAUAAAUGUAGUAGGGGAAAGAUGAAUGAAGUCGCCCACCUUAAACAAAAUUACCAUUCUCAGUGAAGUUAAAACAUUUAGAGAUGAUGAUGACCUCUAAAUCAACAUAAAGUACUAAGGGGAAAUAACCAGGAACGAUAUACUCAAGUGCUUCAACCAAUUUAUAUUCAUUUAAAUUAUGGUCUUAUGAUGCCACUUGGUAAUUUGUAAGAAUGUGCAUGACUUAAAUAAAAGCUUAUUCUUAAUGCUCGAUGAAAUAGCAGGAUUAGUAGUUGUAGCUUUUCUUUGACUUGGUUCUUAUGAAAUCUAAUUCUAUUGCCCUUGCUCUUCAAGUUUUUGUAGGACCUCGGGUUGGAAUGGUUCCAUUUCAUGGCCUUAAAAUAUUUGACCAUCUCAAAAAAAACAAACAAAUUACUUACCUUCUGGACAAAUCCCUCAUCAUCACAAAAACAUUUAAUAUACAAGUAAUAAUUCAAUCAGUCACUAUUGUCCAUGGAUUUAAAAAAAAAAAAAAGAGAGAGAGAGAGAGAUAAUUGGCUCAAAAACAUAGCAGGUAAAUAAAUCUAAGGAAUGCCUUCAUCCAGAUGAAACAUAAGCCUUAGACAAAAGCACGGCCUCUCAAUAAAUGUGUUGUGAUUAGGUUAAAGAUGCCAUCAUUUCAGUGCAGUGUUGCAUCUUACCCCAGAGCGCCUCUUCCCUAAUUAUUUCCUAGCGUCAGGAUCCAGUAAUCUUGUAGCAGUAACUAGAUUUUUUAAAGCAUGUCUACUUGUGCAAGAUGUUCUAGUAAAUCUCCGCUCAGUGACUUGAUCAGUGCGAUCCACAUAUAUUUACAAUUUGACAAUGACUACAGAGUACAAAGCAUGGUAUUUUUCCAUUGCUCUGAUUAUUGAUCUCAUUUUUGUUAUCCAUUUUUUUUUUACACUCUGAUUCUCCAUUUUGCUUUUAUAUGCCAUGAUAUUGGUUUUUUGGGGGUUUUUUUUUUUUUUUUUGGAACAUGAUGUAUGUAUUGUGCAAUACUUAAAACAUGUUGGGUUUUUUUUUGUGGAUUAUGUAUGGCCUGCUGUAGGAAGUGUUGUUUACCUGGGCUUGGUGAAUGAAUGAAUGAAUGAAUGAAUGAAUGAAUGAAUGAAUGAAUGUAGAGCUUUGUUUGACAUGAUGGGAAAUAUUUGCUGCUCUUCAAAUGUGACUUCUGAAACUGCAGACAUUAAGGGUCCAUUAAUAUGACCAGUGUUCAUAUGAUACAGAUGUCAAAUGUGAAUACAGAGUGUAAUGGAUUUUCUUGCCUUAAUGCAAUGUGAUAAUGUGAUUACAAUAAAGUUUUAUCCAAAUGGU